CUAAAACUGCAAAAAUGGAAUAUCAAAAUUUGGGAGACUCUGGUCUUAAAAUUUCAAAAGUUAUUGUUGGGUGUAUGACAUAUGGAGGGCCACAGUCUCCAAGCUGGAUGUUGUCUGAUGAGGACAAAGUCUUCGGGAUCAUGAAGAAAUGCUAUGACAAUGGUAUUAGAACAUUUGACACUGCUGAUGUGUAUUCAAAUGGACAAUCUGAGAUAUUGUUAGGGAAGUUCAUCCGUAAGUACAACAUCCCAAGGGAUAGAAUUGUUAUUUUAACGAAGCUUUUCUUCCCAGUUGAUUCUGAUAAUCCAAAUUUUAAACGUGGUGGUGCUGGUGCACCAGCAUACGAAUAUAUUAAUUCUCAAGGAUUAUCAAGAAAACACAUUUUCGACGCAAUCACGAAUUCUGUAAAGCGUUUAGGCACUUAUGUAGAUGUGUUGCAAAUACAUCGUUUGGACCGUAGUACUCCAAAGACUGAAAUUAUGAGGGCGUUGCACGAUGUUGUGAUUGCGGGACAUGCACGUUACCUAGGAGCAUCUUCUAUGAAGGCAACUGAAUUUGCACAAUUGCAAUUCAUUGCUGAUAAGAAUGGUUGGUUUAAAUUUAUCAGCAUGCAAAAUUACUACAAUUUGCUCUACCGUGAAGAAGAACGAGAAAUGAUCCCAUUUUGUAAUGAGUCAGAUUUUGGUAAAGUUGGAUUGAUUCCAUGGUCUCCUCUUGCCCGAGGUAUUUUAACAAGAACGGUUUCUGAAAAAUCAACGACAAGAUCUUCCGAUAUAGAUCCAAUGCAGAAACAUCUCGGGUUGGAAGAUUUGACUGAAUCGGAUAAGGAAACUAUUAGAAGAACUGAGAGUGUAUCUAAAGAAAUUGGUGUAAGUAUGGCUACUGUUGCAACUGCAUGGGUCAUCAGUAAAGGAUGCGCUCCUAUUGUAGGGCUCAACUCGGAAGAAAGAGUAGAUGACAUUAUCAAAGCCGUCAAAACUAAGUUGUCACAGGAACAAGUAGCUUACUUGGAAGGGUCCUACAACUCUAAAAAUGUUGUUGGGUAUUAAGUACAAUUUAUUAGAUAGACUCACAAUAGCCUCCUAAAAAAUAAAUG